GACGUAAUUAUUUUUCUUUUCCUUGUUUGGUAGAAAAGAAAAGAAAAGAAAAAGAUCAAGGAGGAAGAAAAGGGAGAGAAGGAGUGAGAAAUCUCCAACCGGGACCAGGAAUCCCUCUUCUGGAGUUCAAGUUGGAGAGAGAUUCCCUUCCCCUUCCCUGUUUGUCCUUCCAUAACAAAAUUCCUGUGAUUCCUUCCUUUUUCAGAAGAAAAUCAGAUUUAGUUUCUCUUUUAACCCCUUUGAUCCGACCCACACACGCAUCAAUCUUUUCAAGGCCUUCUUUGGAGAUCUAAUCCAAUGGCAGAGGAACACAGAUGCCAAGCACCGCGUCUAUGCGCCAACAACUGUGGCUUCUUCGGCAGCCCUGCAACGCAAAAUCUCUGCUCUAAAUGUUACCACGAUCUCCAGCUUAAAGAACAACAAUCUUCCUCUGCAAAACAGGCCCUUAACCAAACCCUCAUCUCCUCCUCGUCUUCGGAACAUUUCGCUUCUUCGCCUGCCGUUGAGAAGAGCGAUCCUGUGACGGAUAGAGAGGGAGGGGAGGAAGCAGUGGUGGCAAUGGGGCAGGCGGUGGCGGAGGUGCAAGCGUGUCCAAAUAGAUGCUUGACGUGCAGGAAGCGCGUGGGACUCACGGGGUUCGAGUGCAGGUGCGGGAUGGUGUUCUGCGGUACCCAUAGGUACCCGGAGCAGCACGGAUGCACCUUCGAUUUUAAGGAGAUGGGAAAAGAGCAGAUCGCCAGGGCCAAUCCCGUCGUCAAAGCUCAGAAAAUGGAGAAAAUAUGAUUUAAGGGAUUUCCUGUUUGUGUCUCUGAUUCAGCUGUGGUGGUGCAGGGCGAUGAAACGUUGUGUGACGGUGUGGUCUGGUCUUGGGUGGUGGUUGGGGAUUAAGCGUGUUUCUGAGGAAAGUGUAAAAAUUGAAUGGUUGUCGGUCCCAAUUAAAAAAAAAAAAAAAGAAUGUUUUUUCUU